AAUCACAAAUAAAAUUUCGAAAUCAGCAUGGCGCACCUUAUUUCCAGUAACGCACAAGUUUACCUGCCUCACGCUUUAGCAUCCGCCUUUAUACGUCAUUUGCAAUUUCGCAACCCCUUUGCCAGGUUGCUGAAGCUGAAACCGAGUUUACAAAUAAGCGCGAAGUACGCGUUAAGGGUAGAAAUCCUGAAAGAAGGAAAAUUGUCCGACAUCGGUCUGGAUGACGUCCCAGAUUCGUCAGAUGACGAAGAGAUGAUACUCUGGAUGCGGGGAACUCUAGCGGACAGUUCUCCACGCUUUGAAACAACUUAUGCCAAUGAAUAUGAUGAUAAUGGACGCCUUACUGACUCGUUACGUUGAGUAGUUGCAGCUUCAGCGUAGCUGGUGCUUUUGAAGUAGAAGAGAGAGGGGGGAAGUUGGGUAGGGGGUGCUUUGUAUUUUUUGAUUUUAGUAAGCAUGCAUGAUAAAGGAUGCUGCGAGUCGAGUGACGAGACAAUGAACCAACUUUUUGGAAUAACCAAGAAUCGCCCGCUUACGUACCAUCUCCUUCGUGCGUUCGUAAAAAG